CCAUUCAUUUAGCUCAUCGCUCAACAUCCGACAUCUCAACCCCUCUCAUACCCUCAUCUGUGUUUCAAGCUCCACAUCUAAACCUGAAAUUGCCUGGUAAUUUUCGGCAUCUCCGUGCUCCUCUAAACCAGGACGCCGAAAGCUUGACCUUAAGACUUUGGUCUGGCGUAGAUCAGCCGAACCAUACCUUCUGGUCACUGCUCUUCCUCUAGACCCCCUUUCGCCCAUCUUCCCGCAAUCGCUCUGUAAUUGCGAUUCAUACCCCUUCCUCCAAAUAUGGCUCAUCUCUGAUGUAACUCCAUUUUCGAUUCUUUGUCGAAACACGCCAGAAACAUUGCCCCAUCUCCUAACUUCAUAAAUCAGAACUCAGAGUUUACUCAAUUUGCCGCUACCGCCGCCUUCCGCCACUUGGCCCAGGUCAUGAACAUCUUCCCUUCCUCUUUUUCAUUAUAUCUAUACAAGGAGAUAUCUAUAAAAGGUGAUGGUGUUUUUUCAUCUCUGAUUACAUUCCCUUCUUCUGUUUUUUCAUUAUAUCUCGUGUAAGCAAGAGAGCUCCUUGUACAUGUUCUGAAAUGACAUUGAUAGAGAAACAAAUAUUGGAAGAUCAACUUUUUAGUGGAACAUUAUUAACUGGUGAGUUAACUUUGCUGGAAUUAUGAUGGAUUUGGAGUUUUGGCAUCUCCUUAAUUUAUGUUAAUGAUGUUCCUAUAAGAAAAAUUCUGCCCCCUUCUAGAAGAGCAUCAACAUGAAUUUUAUGAUCUGAAUUGUGAAUGUCUUUCAAUAUGAAUUAGGCAUAAGAAAAUGUUGGAGUACGGUAAACAUCUAAAAAGCACUAUAAAAGUGUAUGUGUGGGUCUUGUGAUGAGUAGGAGUUAAGGUUUACAUGUCAGUUCUGCAACAAAUUGUUAAAGGCUUUUCUACUUAUUUCUUAACCUUAUGCAUAUGUUCUCUGGAAAAGUUGUCACAACAGUCAAAUUAUCCAUAUUUGAAAAUUCAAUUUACAAAGAGCAAGAUAGCCCUCUUUCCCGUCCACCCUCGCAAUAUGUUCUUCCAACAUAGUUGGGACCAAGACAACCCUCUUUCCAGUCCUUAAUAUAUGAAAAUCUUCAUGCUUUCUUAAAUAUAUGUUCUAGGUUUAAUCAUCUGAACACAAAAUGUCCCCGGGCUUCAAUUAUUCUGGAACUGAAACCAAUUAUGCUACAAUUGGUCGAGGUUAAUUGUGUUUCGUAUGAAGAUGUAUUUGUCCCUGUAGAUGCUCCAACUAAUGGAGAUGAUGUUGCUGUAUUUGAUGAUGGUAGCACGGAAAAAAAUGGUGUUUUGGAUUGUUCCACCCCUCCCAACAUUGAUGUUGCAGUUACAGACAGUGUUCCUAAUCAAGUUGUAGCUGCCUUUGAUACACCGGUUGUAUCAUUUCGUGUCCCUAAUCAGGUUGUAGCUGCCUUUGAUACACCGGUUGUUUCAUUUCAUGCCCCUAUACUUGUUAUAGAAAGUCCCCCUCCCCUGUUUGAUUUUGCACUAACAGUUGCUUAUCCGGUUACCUGUAAUGUUGCACUUACAGAUUGUGCAAACAGUGCCCCUGUUGCACCCCCAAUUCAUGCCCCUAUUGCAGAUGGUGCAAACAGUGACCCUGUUGCUCACCCAAAUUGGGACAUUUCUGUUGAUGCUUAUUUUUAUGGCCCUAAUGUAGAUGAUGGUGUCACUGGUAACCAUACCAGUGCUGCCCCUACUGUUGAGAAUUCUUUUUUAGAUUGUGCUAAGGAACUGACUACUCUUAUUAAUGUUGGUGACGAAUUUCGGGAGACCCAGGCCCCUACAGUCCAUGACACUGAUGUUAUAGUAACCCGGGAUGAGCCCCGGUGGCUACCUGUAAUAAGGCGGUAACCGAUGGCGUUGCUCAUCCCCUUUUGAGAGUAUACACUGAACUGAAUGAUGCUCACUGUUAUCUUGCUCCUGCUAUCUUGCUCCUGUUUCCAAUGUUGUUAAUAUGGAACUACCUGGAAAUGAUGAUUUCCAAUCUGAUCUAACACAUAAUAUUAUCUCAAUUGCCCAUUACUUGUCCAAUGAUGAUAAACUAUCUGAGGAAAAUCUGAGGAAAACCGUGCUUUUGUUCAGACAAUUUCAGGCCUGCUCAAAAUCCCCCCAUGCUUUUGAGGGACUUCGAUUUUGAUUCAUGUUUGUUAUUUUUGAAUAAUGUGUAUUUCUAAUUAAAAAUACUUUGAAUAGGCAUUGUUAUUUGCAAUACUUCAAGACUGAAAUAGUAUCUUACAAAGUGGGAUGGAGGGAGUACUAUUUUUGCAAUAUGUUUUCUGAUUUUGUGUUUUGCCAUUUCUUGAUGUUGGCCAUCUAAUUGUUCUUAAGCAAGUAAAGCAAGUAAAGGUUUAUAUUUCUGGCUUGCUUUUGAAUGCAUUUUACUUCUAAAUAGUUGAUUCAUGCUCUAUGUUCUAAAUUCUUAUAUAUUUCUUCAUUAUCAGUACCUCUUCGGUGCUGAUGGACACCUUAUAAUAACCUUGGAUUCCAUGUGAUCAAAAGCACUUGCGUGGGCGCUGAACAUAAGUAGCGCCUUAAUAUUCUCUAGGCGCAGUGAUACGUCUCAGGCGUAAAUGAAGCGUAAUAAGUGCAAGAGGCGCAUGGCAGAGGUGCAGAAUCGUACGCUUGUCACGUCUGGGCUGGGAAAGGUUUCUCAGCCUAUUUUCCUUCUUUCUGUUUUCAUCUUCUUGUUCUUUUCAUUACUUCAUUCUUUCUUAUUUUCUAUAUUUCUUUUUCCUUACUUUGAAUGUAUGGUCUAUUUCUUCUUUCUUUAUGUCUAUCUUUUCAUUAAAAUUUCAUGUCUCCUUUCUUGUUUUCUAUCAUUUACUUCUUCUAUUUUAUAUCUUCUCCUGCCUGGUUUUUUUCCCUUUUGUUUUUGUUUAUUUCUUUUUUUAGGGCUGUUUGUUUCUUUUCUAACAAGUUUUAUAUUUUAAUGACGUGUAUUCCUUUUUCUCUCACAUUUCACUUAUUUAUUUAAAGUAUCUGUUGUGACUUGACGAUGUUUCAAGACAGAAGAGAGAAGAAGAAUAUUUAUAGUAUUCCUUUCUGUUGACGGGUGAAACAAGAAAACUGAAAAAGAAAGAAGAAUUUGGGGUUCUCAUUAUCACCACUGUGAGUGUCUCAUUGAUGAUCACAAAUAUUGAAAUCCGGCCCUGGACAAGAAAUGGGAGAAUCUGUGUCUUCAUCACUUAAACAUGCCUCAUCUUUUACGCAUUCUGUAUCAUCAAAUGACUCUUACACCAUGUUUUUGCAACAAUUUCAUCAUAACUGGACUCAUCUAGGACAACUUCACAGGAGUUCAUAUCCGAGCAGUGCUCUUCAAGAUCAGGUUCUUCAUUACGAUUUAAUGAACCUACAAUGCCCUCUCAAUCCAUAUCUGAUUCUUUUUCACUUGAAUGAUCUCUUACAAGGAAUGAAUCUUUGUUCUGUUGUGCCUCUUCAUGAAGUGAACUUGAGCCAUAUAUUCUGUAUUGUACUCAAAAUUUUCUCUCUUACAGGGAAUGAAUCUUCGUCUCUUUAUACUAACAUGCACAUUACUGCCUUAAUGAUAUGUAUUGCAGUGGUUAAUUACUUAAUUACUUACAUAUGCACUAAUGGUUCAUGAACACCUUUGGUAUUAAAUUAUUUAUAGCAGAUCAUGAAAAACAAACAUGUAGCCUACACAUUACAGAACUUUUUAAUAUUUCACGGAAUAAAAUUAUGUGAACAUUUUUGCAUCUGAAGUUUAAAUGAUCAGUUUAGUUUUAUUGUUGAAUGUGUGGUUAUGUAGGAUUUUUUAGAUUCUCUUGUCACUCGCUAAACAAUGAGGCAUCAAACAUCUCAUGAACAUGGCAAUGCAUAUGCAACCAUAUAUCAUGGUGAAAGAGGUGGAAAGGUUGGCAAUAGAUAUGCAACCAUAUACCAAAUUUCAAAUGCAUCGGUUUCUAAAUAAUGUAAAACAUACCUUUUUCUCGAUAUUUUUUUCAUUUAUUUGGUUUCAGUAAAGUUUUUUUUAAAACAUUUCAGUAUUCAAAGAAAUGGUCUGAAGCUAACAAUGUAAAUUACUAAAUUUUACUAAAUGCGUACUUUCGAAAAGCCAAAGAGUUAAGCUGUUGAACUAUUACAAAUUUACUCUUCAUCUGAAGAAGGGUGUGAAUGUGUGAUUGUAUUCCUAUAUCAUUUGUUACUGUUUUUACUAUUAGUGAUAUUAUUAUAAUGGAAUUUUAUCAAUUCAGGACCCGAAAGAUAGAUUAAUUAUCAAUUCAGGAUCCGAAAGAUGAAACAUAUCGGUAUGUGACCCGAAUGAUGGAAAACUAUCAAUUUAGGACCUAAUAUUUCAUAGGUUUUGAUUUAUUUAAUUUUUUUUAUUAAAUCCAUUACUAAUUUUUGAUAAACUUUUCUUCACAGAAGUUUAUUAGUUUAAUAAAACUAAUUAAUAUUUAAAAAUUUUAAAAUAAAAAUAAUAAUAAAAUUCAUGACAACUUAGGUCCUAGAUUGAUAGUUUCCAAUCAUUCAGGUCCUAAAUUGAUAGUUUUUCAUCAUUCGGGUCCUAUAUCGUUACGUUUCAUCUUUCGGAUCCUGAAUUGAUAAUUAAUCUAUCUUUCGGGUCCUGAAUUGAUAAAAUUCCCAACUCUCCGUAUUAAACCAGAUGGGAUUUGGGGUCUGGUUGUUAUUUUUUAACGAUAAUGUGUCAUGUAUGUGUUUUUUAUUAAUUAUUAAUAUUGUACUACCAGAUCUAACUUAUUAAUGUGGUUUUUAUUAAUAUUGUGUCUAACAUAUAGGGGGAUUUCACCCGCUUCUUGAUCAUCUCUUCUGCAGAAGAGAAGUAUUGCACUCUCCAGGUGGAAUGGAGAAAGCUACUAUAUUUCACUUCUUCAUUUAUAAAUUUCUGAAGGUUGGAGUCUUAUAAAAUGGAGGUGGAAUGGAGAAAGCUACUAUAUUUCACUUCUUCAUUUAUAAAUUUCUGAAGGUUGGAGUCUUAUAAAAUGGAGGAGGAAAUGAGGAAUAGACAAUCAAGAAUUGAGUUUAGGGAGUGAUAGAGGUGGUGGACUUGGAAUGCGAUCCUGGGACUAUACAAUGGCUACAGAUGCUUCAAUUCAUAAAAGUGAUACUUGGGAUGUGAUACGAUGAAGCAAAUGAAAAGGAAAAAACCACGUAAGGAAAAAGAUUCGCAAAAAAUGCAUAUCAUAUUGUUCAACUUAAUUGGCAAUUACCUUUUGGCAAUAUAUAAACAAGACGAGAGGCGCCUUCUGUUGAUAAAAUCUAAAUCCUGGUUGAGAAGGAUUCCAAAAGCUCUUCUUCGGUCACAAGGAGAUUGCAAUUCCAGUGCAAAGAGUGAGAGAGGCUACAAAAUCACACGCAAAAUUGACGUUAAGGUAUUUCUUUUUUGAAAUACUUUCUUCUGUAAUUUCAUGCUUAUUAUUUUUUGAAUUAGCCCAUAAGUAUAUGCAUGCUAUUGAUCUCUAUACACGACCAAUAGAGCUAAACUUUGAGAAUGUUGUUUAUUGGGCUAACUGUCUCCCACUCACAUUAAAUUGGAGGAGUAUGGUAGCACUAUACAAGAUGCUACUAAGGCUAUUGAGAUUAACCCUAAAAAUUCCAAGGCACUUGCAAAUCACAUCCUCAAGAGGUUGUUUAGCCCGUGGUCCGAAACAGAUCAAUCUGUAAAAAAACCAGUCGUGGGGUCGCCUGUCCAGUAAAAAUGACACACUCCGGGGAUGUCCUCACUACAGUAGAUAAUAGAGAAGGGAUAAUAGGAGGGGUGAAACCUUG